AUGAAUUAUAAUAAUAAUAAUGAUUAUAAUAAUUAUAAUAAUUAUAAUAAUAAUAAUCCUAUUAAUAAUAAUAAUAAUAAUAAUAAUAAUAAUAAUAAUAAUAAUAAUAAUAAUAAUAAUAAUAAUAAUAAUAAUAAUAAUAAUAAUAAUAAUAUAAAUAACAAUAAUUAUUACAAAAACUAUAACAAUAAUCAAAAUAAUCAAAAUAAAGCGUUACAACAAUAA